UUGAUAGACGAAGCUUAGGGUCUCUUUGGGUUUGCAACCCUUACCCUCCUGGAAAAAAUCAUAGUUGCUAGACUGCGACACUUCAGACCAGGUACUAUUAGAGCCGCUAAUGGACGACGAGCUAUUUUCCGCUAUCCGGAGCUCAAGCAUUUGAGCCGCUAAAUGGACGAGACUCCUGGGGUAAAGGAUGCAGAGAAUGAGGAGAAAACACUCGUAUGGAGCAGGGAGUAGGUAUUGUACUACUUCCUGGUAUGGAGCACUGAGAAGCGCCAUUCAACUGCAGUGCCAGUCUGGCUACCUGCCCUGCCUGCUUUCCAGUGGCUGUAUCCUGCCAUCUCAGCGCUGCGACGGUGUUUGGUACGACUGUGCUGAUGGCUCUGAUGCACAGUACUGCCCAGGCAAGGUCACACCAGCUCCAGGUCAAACCGACUGCCAGGUCCUGUCACCACCGGCACUGGGCUCAAUGACCGUGAACGGCUUGAUGUUCAGCAACACGACCACGUUUGUGUGCACAUCUCCCUAUGUCCUUAUGGGCUCGGCCGUGCGGACUUGUGAAAUCAACGGCCAGUGGAGCGGUGUGCAGCCAACUUGCGUCCUGACGACUGCUGCUCUAAGUGCGGCCAGUGACGAGCUAGUCAAGGACUCCGUCUCAGAACGCAUGACACAAACGUGUUAGCUCCCGCUCCAUGCCCAUUGUUGGAGCGACAGUCCUGGAAUCCAGAGUUGCAAGUGAGGUGGUGAUACGGCAAGCAGACGGUGGCAAAGUACGGCUUAAAAGCUCUACAUCUGGCAAGUGGCCGGCAUACCACCCCAAUGGACAUUGGAACAGUACACGUAGAGUAGCGUCUCUACGUGACAAGGUAUGAGCGCAAGCCAGUAUUGCCAAGCACUGGGGACCUUUGGCAAUCUGAAGAAUGUUUUGUCCGAGAAUCGAUCCUUGGACCUGUGGCGUUGCAGUUGUGGUGCUCCCGACCCUCUUGCGCGAUGGCCGCGGAGACUUGGCGAAAAGGUUCGAGACAUACGGCAUCUCAAUAUCUUCCACCACAAUCAGUACAUCAGCACCACCAUCGAGAGUAGCGACAUCAGCAAUAGAAGACGCACAUGAUAUCAUUCACCCUUACGGCCUUAGCGAAGACCCGGGAAUACCUGAGAAGAUGUUAGCCGCAACUUUACUGGAAAAGUCGUCGGUGACAACGGCACUCCAUAUUUUAGCUGCAUGCAGUUAGGUCUCUCAACAAGUCUACCCAAAGUUUUCAAGCUAAUACACAAGCAAAUUCACUAGGGGCCGAGUAUAUUUUCCUACACCUCUCCCUGUUUGUUGUUGUUAUUUCUGCAUUCAAAUUGUUUGUGUACCUGUACAUUUAUUACAGUAGAGCCACGCAUCCACGGCUGUUGUUUCCAAGGGGUCAGGCUGGUCAGUUAUACAAAACCUUUCAGCAAUCUGGCCUUAGGCUUAGUUCCUUGACUUCUUGUACCACUUUCUUAGAUGCACAUCCCACUGGAUAGUGAGCAAUACGUGUGUAGCAGAAUCUGUAUUCCAGAAAAGCAGAGACUUGAGUCUAUUGACACUGCGUUUCUUUUUAAAACGUUAUUGGCUGUGGUGUUCCUAGAGGUAUACACGUACA